UCGGGAAUAGAAGGAAGAGUUAUGCAAUGCGUGGUGGGAGGAGCACAUGCUUUUAUAUUAAGGAUAUCAAGUUUCUUCGGCCUCGCACCGCUACGGUUCGAGUCUAGAAGUAAUGGAUUUUCUGUUGGGUUGUCGAACGCUAUGUGCAUUUACAGCUACAUCUUAGUUACAAUACUGGUAAUAUGUACAGUAUUUGGACUGGUUGCCGAGAUAAAUGUAGGCGUGGAGCUCUCUGUGCGGAUGUCAUCAAGAAUGUCACAAUUUGUCUCCACUUGUGACGUACUUGUGGUGGUCAUAACAGCAGGUGCAGGAGUGUACGGAGCGCCCAAGAGAAUGAGAAAUAUGCUUAAAUUUAUGGAAAGCGUCGCUUCAGUUGACAACAGCAUCGGUGCCCACUACUCGCUCGUAACGGAGCGAAAACUGUGCGCUAUACUACUAGCCAUUCUCAUCUUCUUCUCUGUGCUGAUUGCGGAUGACUUCUGCUUUUACGCAUUGCAAGCCAAGAGAGUUGAUAGACAGUGGGACGUGGUUACAAACUACAUUGGUUUUUACCUCCUGUGGUACGUCGUGAUGAUACUGGAGUUACAGUUCGCUUUCACCGCCCUCUCCGUACGUGCACGUUUUCAAGCCGUUAAUGAUGCCCUGUCAUUAACUGCAAGACAUAUCUCAGUGCCAGUUGAAAAGACAAAAGAUCCAGCGCCGCUGAACAUCUUCGCUAUACGAGUAGCAGCUGAGACGCGUCGGUGCGCCAACAAUGUCAGUCUGCUAGUGGACACGAUGCCUGGGAAGGAGAAUGCUGUUAUUAUUCGAAAUGCUGUAAGCAAGGAACCAAAGCUUGUGGUACCACCGUGUGAGGCGAUCAGGCGUCUAGCCUGCCUCCACGGCGCUCUUUGCAACGUCGUGCACCGUAUCGACAACAGCUACGGCUUACCGCUCAUAGUUAUCCUCAUAUCAACACUUUUGCACUUAAUUGUAACGCCGUACUUUCUUAUCAUGGAAAUUAUUGUAUCGACCCAUCGAAUACAUUUCUUGGUGCUGCAGUUCUUGUGGUGCGCAACGCAUAUAAUCCGAAUGUUCGUGGUGGUGGAGCCUUGUCAUUACACAAUCACUGAGGGUAAGAGAACUGAGGAGUUGGUUUGCCGCCUCAUGACAUCUACGCCAUCCACCGGCAUGCUGCCCUCACGAUUAGAACUUUUCUCACGUCAACUGAUGCUGCAGUCAGUAAGCUACAGUCCUAUGGGAAUGUGCACGUUGGAUAGACCCCUCGUGGCAUCCGUACUAGGAGCAGUCACUACGUAUCUAGUAAUAUUAAUCCAAUUCCAAAGAUAUGAUGCCUAAUUAUUUUUUUAUUACUAUAUGUAUCACUGGUGGUAG